UUGGCCCCUUAUAGCUCCUGACUUUUCAGCAUCAAAACCUCAGAGUGUCUUCUGAAUUGAACACCAAAUCGAGAAACAAAUAGAGAGGCGAAUCCAAGUGUCGAUAUGAGUACAGGUGGAGCAUUUGGAGGAAACAGAGGAUUGAGACCUAUCCCACCAGAAAAGGGCAUUUUCCCUCUGGAUCACUUACACGAAUGUGAUGCGGAGAAGAAAGAAUAUCUAGGCUGUCUCAAGUCUUCAUCUAACAAAUCUGAGCAAUGCAGACAUCUCUCUAAGAAAUAUCUCCAGUGUCGAAUGGCCAAGAACUUGAUGGCAAAGCAGGAUAUGUCUGAACUUGGGUUCAGUGGUGUUAAAGAACUGGAUUCCGCUGGAGAUAAGAAUAAAGAGAGUCUCGAACAUUGAAGGUUGGACCAAACGUGGAACCUCUUUUUUUUUUUUGUGAUUUGACAUCGAUUCACUUAAGAGUCACAUCUUCAAGGUUAUAGGCUAGACCAUUUCUUCCUCAUAAAACCAAACUGUGUUUUCAGCUUCACCGUUCCUCAUCGUUACAGAUGAUGAUGGUAUACGUAUCUGUAAUUUUCGUGUGAACUAAAAGCAUUCCCAUUCUUAUACAAACAAUUAUACCAAAGCAAAAGGAGUGUAAAUAUCGUUGUUGGCCCAAUGCUUCUGAUGACUCUUUGGGCUAACGAAUAUUAGUUCUUAGGCUUGAGGAAUGUCUGGGCUACGGAAUAUGUUUUGCUUCUGUUAUUUAUCUGUUUUUGGAUUUUUUUCUA